ACUACCCUUCAAAUUAAACUACACUUAACAGUAGCUACCUAGCCAGCCUACUCACCUCGAGAUCAACAAUGGAGCCUUCAGAAUAUGUCAUCUCCUCCUGCAUGUACUCAUGCUCCUUGGGCUCUACUUCCUCACCCUCUUCCUCCUCCUCCUCCUCAUCUUCCUCUUCCACCACCAAAUACACCAACCCCAUUAAACCCCUCGAUCUUUUCCCCGCCAAUGCUGUGGCGCCGCCAUUGUCGCCAUCCAUGGAGUGCCGCUACUCUUCGGUAGGCGCCACGUCGUCCAAGGAUGAUGACGUCACGGUGGCACUGCAGAUCGGCCUCCCCGGCGACCAUAACCCGAAUGAUCACGACAAGCUGGCGGGCCGUCGUCCCACGAAGAACGGUGGUCCAAAUGCUGACGUGUCCGCGCAGUACUGGAUACCGACCCACGAGCAGAUCCUCGUCGGCUUCACCCACUUCUCCUGCCAAGUCUGCUUCAAAACGUUCAACCGUUACAACAAUCUCCAGAUGCACAUGUGGGGCCACGGGUCGCAGUACAGGAAAGGUCCGGAGUCGCUGAAGGGGACGCAGCCGCCGCGGCUGAUGCUGGGGAUCCCGUGCUACUGCUGCUCCCCGGGGUGCAAGAACAACAUCGAGCACCCGAGGGCGAAGCCGCUCAAGGACUUCAGGACGCUGCAGACGCACUACAAGCGGAAGCACGGGGUGAAGCCGUUCGUGUGCAGGAAGUGCGGGAAGCUGCUGGCGGUGAAAGGGGACUGGCGGACCCACGAGAAGAACUGCGGGAAGCGGUGGCUCUGCGUCUGCGGCUCCGACUUCAAGCACAAGAGGUCGCUCAAGGAUCACGUCAGGGCAUUUGGUUCGGGACACGGGGCCUUCGUUUCGUCGUCGUGUAAUAAUGGGAGCGCGGGGGUGCUGGAUCGGAUGAUGGUGCAUGAUGAUGAGAUGAUUGCUUCUUCUUCUUCUGAUGUUUGAUUGUUAUGUAUGUACGUAGGGCAAGUGCUUGAGGACUAGAUAUGUAGAUGUGAUGUAGUAGCAAAUUUGUGUGUUGAGUAGCCAAUCAUGUGAACCUAUAUGUGUGUGCUUGUGCUAUAUGUGAACCUAAUGGCACAUACUUUUAAUUCACAUGCUUAAUUAUUAAUUAGAGUGUAAAAGAAGGAAACUAAUUUCUAGUUGGGAUCAUAUUCACAGGAAUUUUUCCAUAAAUCACCUGUAAUCGAGAGAAUUUUCAUAUCUUCUUUAUGGAAAAAUUAAUGGACCGAAAAAAAAUAUGACAAGAGAAUUAAUUCAUCUCUUUGUGGUCUUUUUAUGUUUAUUAGUCACCAUAAAAAAUAUGACAAUUUAUCCUUGGUAAAAAUUUCUCACCUUUAUUUUGGUUAGUAUCAGUAAAUAAAGUGUGGUUAGAAAG